GGUCUUCUUCUUUUUGCCUCCUCAUCUCUAAUGGUCGACCACACUGUUAGUAAGAAAAGGCGUUUGUCUAACGGAACAUUAAGAAAGGAUUCUGCUCACACACAGGAGAGGCUCGAGGAGCUGAUUAAGAGAUUUGAUGCAGUUGGCGAAAGCAUAAUACAGGAGCUGCCGGCCUUGAUAUUGGACUUGGAGGAGCGUGUCCCUAAAGUAUUUACUCGAACCGAGGACAUUGUGGAACUGGAAGAUGCCUUUGCGAAGAAGGAGUGCUCAUCCGAGGGAAUCCAGUCGGGGAAACCAAAUCCUGUGAUAGUUGAAGUUAGCAGGAUCGUCACCAAGGAGUUCGACAGGGCCAGCGAUAAGCUCUCUCGACUCCAGCGUUACGUUCUCAUGCAUGUUCCGCGUGAGGAGGAUGGUAAUAAUUUCGGUGUCGAAGUCCAGGCACAGUUCAACGGGAAGUUGGGUGAGUAUUUGAAGUGGUGUGAUGAUACUCAAGACGAGAACAAGGUCUAUCAUCAGGCACGAGCUGAGAUUAUUCGGCAGAUGGAUUUUGAGAGGGCUGUCGAGGAAAAAGAGACUAUGUGUGAAAAGGAGGACAAGGUGACCAAGUCCAAGGCUACUAAAUCUGUCGAGAACGUUCCUCAGCUCGGAGACCUCCUUAGUUACAUCGCUCGUCACGACGCUCUCCAAUACUUCACGUUGAAGAAUGAACUGCAGGAGCUCAUUAGCAUGUAUCUGCACUGUUAUAUGUAUGUCAAGCACAAUUAUGAGAAGAUACGAUGGCCUCGAGGGAAGUCCGAUGGCAUGAACAUGCAAAUGUACUGAUCUUCAUUAUCGGUGCCGAAACGGCUCUACUGAAGCACACCACCACUCGAUGCAUUGUCUCAAUAGACCAUUGGUGACCAGUGCUAUCGUAACGUAGAAGAAUGAUAACAAUAACACCCCCACUGCCAAUAG